CCAUCUUCACCAUGGGGACAGAAUGACUGUGAUAAUGAAGUGGCCAAAAUCAUUUGCUCAAAGGAGGAAAAUCCAGAAUCUCCUCGGAGUCAUUUGAAAUGUUUUGUCUCACCAACUCCUCAACAGAAACGGUGUUCAAAUCAUGUUCCUCUCAGACUGAGUGGAGGGGAGGGCCGGUGCUCUGGGAGGCUGGAGGUGUAUCAUAACGCUGUGUGGGGCUCAGUCUGUGAUGAUCAGUGGGACAUCAGUGAUGCUCAGGUGGUCUGCAGGCAGCUGGGUUGUGGAGCAGCACUGAGGGCUGAUGGGAAUUCAGUCUUUGGUGCUGGUGAAGGUGUUGUGUGGAUGAACAAAGUCGAGUGCAACGGGAAUGAGAUUCACCUGUGGGACUGUCCUCUCUCCCUGAAUAACCACACUGACUGCUCCAACAAAGAGCGUGCUGGACUCACCUGUGCAGAUUUGUCAGAAUUUACUGCUCCUGCCACAACAACAUCAGCUUCUCCUCCAGUGCGCUCAACAUCAGUCUCUCCUCCACAAACUCCUCCAGCAGCAUCUCUCUCCGUCCCCCCAGUGCUUGUGAUUGUACUGGUAGUUGUGCUCUUACUGCUCUUAGUGUCACUGCUUAUACUGAUUCAGCAAAAGAGAGUGAUGAGGAGAGGUAGGUAGGAGAUCCAGUGUUAUAUCUGGCUCAGAGAUGUAACAUUAAGGGAGACUACAUGGCGGAAUAGCUUCAAACACAAUAUUUAUUACAAAAAAAAUAAGAUAAAAUAAUAAAAAUAACAUAACACAGAACAGCAGUACCAGUAGGUUCAAUUAAUAUGAAAUGCAAGUGAAUAGAUGCACAAUGAACUGUGGUCAGUGCUUGUGAAUGGAUGCAAAACAAACAUAAUGCUACAAAAUUGAAGCGCAGCUCUGUCAAACUGCCCAAGCAACAAUGGAACAGCGAUGCCGACGAACUCACCACAUGUUUAAAUAAGUCUCACAACCUGCAACAGAGAAACUAAAACACCCAAACCAACACAACUCAGUCCUAACACACACCCCCCCUUAAAAAAAUCAUUCUCAAUAACAGAAUAAUUCAUAAGAUAGGAAUUCAACUUGACAAACAGCUUGGGUGAAUAAUACCACCAGACUGAGUCUGGAGAAGAACCGCUCCUGCACCCGCUUGACUUGCGACCACUUUGGGGCGCUGCUAAUACAGGAGCCGCCGUCAACAGCAAGUUCAUUGUCUCAAAUGCCCUUUGACAUUGUGGGGUCCACUCAAACUUAGCGGAGUUCUUUAAAAGAUUAGUCAAUGGACAAAUGACCGAUGGAAAAUUGGGGCAAAAACUGCGAUAGUAACUGACCAUCCCGAUAAACCUCAUGAGCUCUUUUUCAGUACAAGGGAAAUUCUCUAUCCACCUCCUUUCCCCAAGUAAAAAACCGUUGCCCAUGCAAAGUUACAUUUGCCUAAAUUCACGGUCAAAUUAGUCUCCGCCAGACACCGAAAUAAAUCUCGGCCAUCACUGUAAACCAAUUAAAAAUUCAGGAUGCGCGCGCAGCAUGGUUGCAGAAAACCCGGGAGAGAUCGUCUUUACGGCUAGAGAAUUACACGGAUACGGUACAAAACACUUAGAUUUAAAACGAGUAUAGAUUAUAUUAAUUAGAUGUCAUUUUCAAAAUGUUAUUCGCAUAUUACAAGAGUUUGUCACACAGCGAUAAGCACUGUUAUUUAACGAAAUUGACGUUAGAUAGUGGGAUAGUCUUACAGAUCCGAAACAGGGAUGAGGU